UAGUAUUUUUGUCCCAGUAUAUUUUGAGCCAGACGACACGGUCACACUGCUUACAAAAUUUCGGGACGGAAGUCGCCGGACAACGAUACCAAUAGACCCACAGGAAAGCGAACCACACGGAGAACAUGCUCCGAUCCCGACUCGUACAGGCGGCGUGUUCCGCCCAGCGCGCCUUCUCCACCAGUCAGAAGGCCCUUGCUGCCAAGCAGAUGACCGUUCGAGAUGCCCUCAACAGCGCCCUGGACGACGAGCUGGCCCGCGACGACCGCGUCUUCCUGAUCGGCGAGGAGGUGGCCCAGUACGACGGUGCCUACAAGGUCUCCCGUGGUCUGUGGAAAAAGUAUGGUGACAAGCGAAUCAUCGACACGCCAAUCACAGAGAUGGGCUUCGCCGGAAUUGCCACCGGAGCGGCCAUGGCCGGCCUGCGUCCCGUCUGCGAGUUCAUGACCUUCAACUUUGCCAUGCAGGCCAUCGACCACAUCAUCAAUUCGGCCGCCAAGACCUUCUACAUGUCCGCCGGCGCCGUCAACGUACCCAUUGUGUUCCGUGGCCCCAAUGGCGCCGCCCAGGGUGUGGCUGCCCAGCACUCACAGUGCUUCGCUGCCUGGUACGCCCACUGCCCCGGCCUAAAGGUCGUCUCGCCCUACGACUCGGAAGAUGCUCGUGGCCUCCUGAAGGCCGCCAUCCGUGAUCCCGAUCCAGUUGUAGUGCUGGAAAACGAGUUGAUGUACGGCACAGCGUUCCCAAUCGGCGACAAUGUGACCGACAAGGAUUUCCUGGUGCCCAUCGGCAAGGCGAAGAUAAUGCGGCCGGGAAAGGACAUCACCAUUGUGGCGCAUUCCAAGGCGGUGGAGACGUCGCUGCUGGCAGCCGCCGAGUUGGCCAAGAAGGGCAUCGAAGCUGAAGUCAUUAACCUGCGUUCCAUUCGUCCGUUGGACGCGGCGACCAUUUUCGCUUCGGUCCGAAAGACCCACCAUCUGAUCACCGUGGAGAACGGCUGGCCACAGCACGGCGUUGGUGCCGAGAUCUGUGCCCGCAUCAUGGAGGACCAGACCUUCUUCGAGCUGGACGCCCCCGUCUGGCGCUGCGCCGGCGUCGAUGUACCCAUGCCCUAUGCCAAGACACUGGAGGCUCAUGCCCUGCCACGUGUCCAGGAUCUCGUGGAAGCGGCGCUUAAGGUGUUGGGUGGAAAGGCGGGUAAGGCUGCUGCCGCCGCCAAGUAGAACUACGCAUCACCGAACACUAACCCCCAAGCUAUCUAAAUUGAAUGUCCUUAUCGAGAAACGCUGCUAUUGGUUUAACCGAGCUCUGUUCCCGCACUCAAAUUGAAAAGCACCAAGCUGGAAAACGAAAAAAGGGAAAUCGAUCGUAUUGAAAAGUUUCAAACGUGCUAGUUGAAUUAUUUGGUCAUAGAAAUCUCUUUUGAAAAUAAACGAAAAUAUUUAAAUAUG